AUGACAUUGUUUAAAAGCAUUGUUGUUAUUGCUCCUGUAGCUGAGGCAACUUGUCCAUUAUCUGAGCCUCAUCAUCCAACUACAAGAUCACCAAACUGCAGGGUCUCAUCUCCUUCAUGUUGUGUUUCUCAAACACUGCGUGAGAUAACAAACUGGAAAGGAAAACCCAGAAAACAUAAGCUAAGCAAAGACUAUAUUGGCGUCCCCAGUAACUUCAAACAUCUCUGUCACAUUGGAUGGAGUCCCCGAACUGGUUUUGCUACCAGCUUAGAUCCUGAACUAAAGAUGAUCUUUGCUAAGGCUGGCAUAACGCAGGACCACCUUAAGGACAGGAGAACAUCAAAGAAGAUUUUGGAAGUAAUUGAGAAAUGUGGGGGUAUAGAAGCAGUAUUGAAAGAGGCAAAGGCGAAAGGCUUAUUGGAAAAAACCCUUGACCAUCCUCUGCUUUAUCCUGCAAUGCCCACGGAGCUGGGUUCAACUUGCAGCCCAAACAAUAAACAAGACUCCCAUAGUCUAGGAGUGAAGGAUGGCUUUAAGGAUCUACCGGUACUAGCAGCACCUUCCUCCAUAUCAAAAUCAGAUGAAUCGUCUCAUAAUGCUGAUCUCCCUGCAGUUGUCAUUUCUCCGGCACCUUGCACGUCUCCUUCCGAAAGGGCAUCUCAACACAAUUUGAUCCAAAAUUUGAAGGACGUGCAGCUGAAAAGGUCAAAGAGUGACAACCAACUAACUCCUUUCUCCCGUGACAUUCUAAUGAGUCGGAUCAGAAAAGGGGCCCAACUGAAACCAGUGGCUCAGAAUCCAAUGCCUCCCAUUGAUGACGACAUAGUUGCUGCUCUUAAGGAUGUUGUUCAGAAGAGACACAAGGCAAUAAACCUUUCAGAUACUGAAGAAUCUGACUUGGAGAAUUGCGAUGAAUGGAAUGAUUAA